AUGGCAUUUGAUGAGUCGAAGGGCUUAGAUGGAAAAGGCCAGAAGAUCAUCGAGUUUGACUGCCGUGGCCUAGAAUUCACCGAGUUCAAGGCAGACGGGAAAUGGGAAGCCACAGGUACAGAGUCUGGAACCAAGUUUAGCGACAUCAGCCUGGAGGAGAAUGAAUGGUACGAUUUCGACGAGAAGCAGGGUGAGGAAGUCAGCAUCACGGAAGUCAGCUGGGAGAUCCGUAGAGCUUGA